AUGACGACGAAAAGUACGACCGACUUCGUCGAAUCAACAGACCCAGCCGGAGGGAAGUCCAAGGCCCAGGUCCUCACCGACGUCUUCUCUCUCGCGACCCAAUUCAGCACCUGUGUUGAGGCUUUCAACCUCAUCCAUCCCUCAAAAGAUCAGGACCAUGCGCAAAAGGUUGUGCUUGCGAAACUUGGCCUACAACAGGGCAGGUUGCUGAUCUUUGGCGAUGCCGUGGGUAUAACUGCGCCACCCGCGACAAUUGCACGACACAUGAUACCCAGCCAUCCUGGUAUCACAAAUCCAGAUCCACAUGUGCCUGUACACUUUGGCGUCAGAGAUUCGAGGCUUGACGAGGAGGUCAUCAAUGCGAAAGUCCGCAGGGCGCUCCAUGAGAUUGCGGGACGCCCAAGUAGCAUGUCGCGAGACGAACUGAUGAAUGUUUACGGCUUGAAGAGUCCAAAGACUUUCUCGCGCCUCGAAUAUCCAGCACUAGACACGAACCGAUUAGAAGGCUUCCGCGAGAAGUACACCCUGCUGAAAGAUCUCCUAAAUCAGACAGGUGCGCGAGCCAGUCUAAAGCGCAACCUCAGCAUGACGACCUCCCAUUGGACGGUCAAGGACACCACACGCUUCAGCGAGUACGUCAAAGUUGUACGCACCGAAGUCGAUGCUCUCAUCGAUCUCAUGGGCGUGAAAGAGCAGGUUGACCGUGGAAUUCGUUCCGAUCUCAAGAGCAUGGGGUGGCACCCAGACCUGACAGGUCCAGCAGUGCGACAGGAUUGGGAGAAACUGCGUUUGAUUCGCGAAGCCUGUGUAGUCGACUAUCCAGAGUACAUUGAAGUCAUCGACAAAGCCAUGCAGUACAUCAGCGAAGAAGUCAAAGAAUCAAAUCUUGCUCGAAAUCGCGCUGUGUUAGGCCUCUCAGAACCUAACAUGGACGCAGCAGGUGCGCGCCGGAAGUCAGACUACGACAUCCGCUCAGCGCCUGCGCCUGCGCCUGCGCCCGUGCCUACACCCACCGCCGGAUCCAAACCUUCCAAACCGGAAGCAAAAUCUCAUAUCCAACUUGCCGCUGAACGCGCCCUAAAUCCAAAUGCAGGCAAAGAAAAGCGCCCAGGCUGGCUCUCGGCCUUCAAAUUCAAGUCCUGGUCCAAGAGCAGCAAAACUGCACAUGAGAAGCAGCGCUCAAACAGUGUUCCACACACACCAACUGUAGACCCCCAACGCUCCCUCUCCGCAGGCGAAGCACCAAACCAAACCUCAGAAGAUUCCAACACUCUCCAGGCCGUGCGGUCCAAGUCGCUCAGCGCAAUACCCAGCGAUAGCACACCACAGACCCCACCAUCAAAUCUCGACUCUCGCGUCCGCAAGCUCAGCCUUGACCACGGAGACAUGGUGAAUAUUCCUCCCAUCCAAGAAAACGGUGGUGAGGUAACUAGUUUCCCUGAAAGAAAUGGACUGCCCAAUUUCGAUGCCGAUAUGGAUAAGAACGCACUAGUGCAGGUUGAUACAGCGAAGAGCGAGGGAAGCAAAGAUGGGUUGGAGAAUAUCAAGACGGCAAAUAGUUAUAUCGAUCGGCAUGAUAUGUAUCCUGCUGUGGGACGAAUUGAGACAAAGGACAUCAGGAACUUUGCGCAUGCGCCGGGAUUAUAA